GAUCCAGGAAGUCAUGAGUGGAAAAUCCGACGGUUGCUCGUUGCUCAGUUGUCUGCUUAGUCCGCGGCUCUAUGGCGUACUGGUGGGUGUGAUGAGCCUGUGGGCGAUGCUCGCCUCCCUCUCGGCAUCGGUCUACCUGCUGAUGAAGUACGACGAUGCCCGGAAGGUGCCGGAUAGUUUGCAAACAUAUUACAACUAUGCCAUAGUAGAUGUUGUCAUUGUACUGAUAGGAAUAGUAAUUGUCGGUAUCUACUUGUUUGGUAUUUACAAAGCCAACGAGCGUUAUUUGAUCCCGUUCAUAGCGCUACUCGUGGUGGACUUUUUGGCUUACAUUGUGUCUGAGGUGAUCAUCCAGCUCGACUAUCAUGGCCACCAAAAACUGUACCGACUGCGAUGGAAGAAAAAUCUUUUCGACACCGCCGUAUUCAUAUGUGUUCUCACCAUUGUCCUGAUACUAUACCGAAGUUUGAAGCGAAAGCGGCACCUUAAGGCGCAUAGGUUAGGUGGUUAUCAGAGUAUUCCAGAUACCGCAGAGGAAAGUACUCUGUAGAUGGACGGAUAUUUUGCCCAGUACUGAAAUCUUUAUAGACGUUAAAAGGUAGUUUUAUUGAUUCAGGCAUACAAUUGAUUGAACAAUUUUUCGAAAAAUAAAUC